UACUUAGCAAAGUAAAGUAAGAAGAUUUGCUAUCAUACAACAUUCAUAAAAUACACUAACGCAUACUGCCAGCAUAUUUCUCCAACGCCAAAAGGGUCACAUUAUUAGCUAAACAAAACAAUUUCGCAACGGAGUUUUUCGCUUGUUUUCCCGAGGUUUUCCGCGGUCAAGCAGUGCGCGUCUUAAUUUAUCGCUAUCUGAAUUCCCGUUAAACUGGAGAAGUGGAAGAGAACGCGCAAUUCCACCAAGAAGAUGAAUGAUCGAGGAGGUGGUGGUGGUGGCGAUGGGGGAGGAUCCUCCACAUCGGGCAACAACAACAAAUCAGCUGCUGGAAAUAACGCCGCCACUGGAAGUGCCGCUGCAGCUGCUUCUUCUUCAGCGGCGCCUGUUGAUAAGCCCACGAUUCUGGAAGGCGUGCUGCACAAUAUCUUCGAUGGACUGACUGACAAGGAGGAGCAGGUGCGUGUCGCCAUGCAGCAGGCGAUCGUUAAAAUCCUAGAAACUCAUCCGCAAAGGGCGGCGGAGAUCCUCAGCGAGCACCGGUCGCAGCAGCCCAAGAUGAGUGAGCAAACGGUGGCCAUGUUGCUAGACUGUAUUCGUCGCGUAGUGGGUGCGGAAACUCCACUGCCGCCGGCUGCCAAUCAGAAACUUAUUGCUUUGGCUCUGCAAGAACUAACUAGGAAUCCCGAACACGUUCCCCUGAUACAGAAUCCCGCCCAGCGUAUUUUAGUGGCAAUCGGACGUAGCAGUCCGGAGAGCUGCGAGCAGGUGAUGGAGGCUCUUCAGGAAAAGGGAACUAGUACCGAUGGUGUUGCCCACUUUAUGCUGAUGCAGUGUCUUGGAUUGCUGGCCACCGAGAAUCCGUCAGGUGUGGCGCCUCACAUAAAGGCAAUUUUGGGCAGAUGUCAGCCACAUCUAGUUGGAAUCCGUCAUGAUCACAUCAAGCAGGCACAUGCCUAUGCCAUCGGUAGAUUCAGUGAAGCUUUGUUGGAGGAGGGCGGUAAAGGGGAGGGGGAGAACUGCUCCACAGAGAUCAGUGUAGCCUACGAUGUGCUCUUCAAUCAGUGGCUGCACUCCCGUGAGCCGAAGGUUUGCGUGGAGAUACUCCAAGCCUUGUCCAGCAUGUAUCCCCUGCUGCCCAAAGAUCGAAUUCAAGAUCAGGCCGCCAGAUUGGUUCCCCAGAUCCUUGCCUUAUACCGACGCAGUGUGGACAGGAAUGCGGUUACCCAGUUUCUCUGCUCCGUGCUAAAAACAAACCUGGCCCUAAAUGCCACCGUUUUGGAUGGCAUCAUCGAUCCCUUGGUCACCCAUUUGUUCGACCUGGUCUGUGUGUAUCCGGACUACGAGAAGCCACAAACUGUUAAGGGUCAUUAUGAAGUGCUGCGCUGUUUUCACCUGCUAGCCGGUCAUCAUCCUUACUCAACCCGUAUCAUGGAUACAUUGCUUAUUCAUCUUCGUAACAAUAGCGAACGUGAGAGAAUGAAGUCCCUGCUGAUACUCACCCAUCUGCUCAACUCCUGUGCCGGCAACAUAGAGAACCGCAUUCCAGCCACCAUUGAGUGCCUGAAACAACUGAUCCUGAGUGAACGGGGAAUCAAGAUGAAGCUCACCCUGUUAAAGACUAUUGUGGCACUCGCUCAAAAAUCCCAUAUAAGGGACAAGGAGUUUGUGUGGUUCGUAGUCCGGCACAGUUGCAGGUACUCCAAGCCAAGCCAAGAGCAUGGCAGUCAGGAGGAACACGCGAAUCUUGUCCUAAGCUGUGAGAACACCCUGUACAUGCUAGCCUCUACAGUGGGCACCUUGGAUGAGCUACUUAAGAGGGAGCUACUGAACUACUUAAUCCUUCUGGACUACACUGAUAUUUGUGGCAAUCUCGCCAAGUGCCUAGCUAGUUUGUUUGCCAAAUCUCCACAUAUAGAGUACGAUAUAGCAGGCGAAGAUGCGGCCCCGGAGCAGGCUACACCAGACGGUGGGGGAGCCACUGGUGAAGAUCGCAGUGUCAUUAAGCGUGGGAAGGUGAUGGUCCCUGGAGCGGAGACAAUUUACGCAAGAUGUUUGGCACUCCUUGGCAACCAACAGUGCAUCAAACGCUGCUCGAAUAUCCUUAGUUUCUUGCGCUACUAUCAUCCCCAAGUGAAUCCCGCUCUGGAGGAACUAUGGGAGCGAAGAAUUCCCGACCUCUUACUACAAAUCAACAGAGAGAGUGCCUACCGUCAGCUUCUGCAUGAUUUUGUGCUGGAAACGAACGAGUUCUUAGGCGGAUUGGAUGAGAACUUUCCUCAGCGUUUGGCCAGUAAACUGGCGGACCAGAUGUACUUGUAUCCCAUGCAGUUACCCCACUCUGAGUGGCAUUUGCCUGACCUAAGUGCCGAGAGAGGCAUGCUCCUCCAGGCGGUGGCCCUAACUCUGCUCCAGGUGACCGAUGUGGCCUGCAUCUAUACUAAGAUUGAUCUCAUUGUGACGAGUGCCAGGCAGGAGAGAUUGGACAAGCAUGUCAAGCAUGCGGACUACGAGAAGCGAAUUGAACCCUGCGCCAGAGCCUUGGGCUAUAUAUCGCGUCAGCACUUGGGACAUUUGGUCAAGAAGCUAACCGAACUGGCCCAAAUCGGUGGACGAAAGCACUCCACCGGAUUCUUUAGCAAUCUGCACUUCAUUAAGGAUACGCACAAAGAGCUUGAAAAUUACAAGAGCAACCUGCUGGUGGUCAAGGCCUUCGGUCGCAUCAUGGACGAAGCCGAUCCGCUGCAAUCCAUCCAGCACCUCGAUGAGGACGACACCCUGCUGGGCUUUCUGAUCCAACAACUGGCCGUGCAUAAGGACCAAACAAUAAUGUCUGCCAUUCUACAGACCUUGCUCAGCAUCUGCAACCAGUUGAUCGCCACCAAGGACCAGUUGCCAGCACCGCUGCGCCACCGAAAGCAAAUCAUGGAGACAGUAUUCAACAUCCCCAUCGAGGCACCCUUCCACGACCUGCCACUGCUGCCCACCAUCCUCAAGCUGGGCACUGACUUUAUUCGAAUAGGUGGUCCCGAUACAGAGGAGUGUGUGGACGGCGGAGUGAUUUUUGAGAUAGCGUGCCGCAACUUCUUCGGCUGCGCCCAGCAGUUAAAAAUGAAAUUCGACUCGCAGGAGGAGGAUGAACGCAACAGCUUCCUGGCCAAACACCUGAACGAAUCUCUGCCCCAGCUAAACGCCCUGGUGCGGGCCAUCGUAGAGUUGGAUGCAUCGCCGGCCACCCUGGAUUUGAUUAUUGGCAUCCUAGAGGGUUGGACACGGGAUCGAAAUUCAGAGGUGCGAAUCUGCGCUAGCCACGUCUUUAAUAACACCUUGGAGGUCUACAUCAAGGCAAUGAAAAUUGGAUGCGAAGCCCCAUCAAAGUUUAACCAGACAGGCCAGAUGCUGGGCAAAAUUGUGCCCAGAUGCAUUGACUCAAAUGGUACGGUACGACAGGUAUCAGUGGAUAUCCUGCAGAAGACACUAGAGAUCGCGUGUAUAUACGAAACCCUGACAAUAGCUAGCAUCGACAGCACUGCUGAUUGGCUAAAAGAGAUAGAGGCCAUUAAGGAGCACAUUAUCACAGACGAACCCAAGCAGAUUUACAAUCUAGCCGGCGACAUCGCCAAGAUCAUUGCCCUGCGUAUCUCCAGCUUUCAGUACCUUCAAUUCUGCAAAACCUUGCUUCACUCGCUCCGAGAUCCCGAGCAGAGUUCCACUAUCGGCGCCAGUGUGGUUCUGAAGUUCUUCAUCCAGCAAAAGGGUUCGGAGCUAUUCCACGCCAUCCCCGACCUGGUUAGGGACAGUUUAUUGGCCCUGCAAGUGUGCGAGGUGCCCAGAGCCAAGUCCGGAGUACUUAAAGCUCUGGUGGCCCUCACCAAGCACCACCCCAAGUUGGUUUGUGCCGAAAUGCUGGCCCAGCCGCUGCCAUACGAUCCCAACCUGGUAGAGUACUGGCACCUAGUGUGCAACGAUCCGGAGUUGACGGGCAUCACACUGGACAAUUUUCUGCAGCUGCUAAGUGGCGCAUCACUGCAGGAGGGUGGCCAGGAGGCAUCGCUCUCUGAACGUCAGAAACUGGCAAGCGGUCAGCCGUUUGCUAUUUUCUGCGCCCUGCAUGAGAUGUUGCCCUGUAAGGACAUCAAGGGGCAACUGGAGACAAGAUUUUCGGAUAUAUUCUGCAUGCUGCUGACCUCUCUGAGCAGCUACACCAACCUAGCACCACCGAAUCCUGUAAAUGUCUCUUUAAGUCCCAAUCAGACGCAAUCGGGCAAAACCAAGUUUGGAUUUGUUCCCAACAAGGAUCUGGUUAAACUCAAUCCCUGCCAAAUAGCCCUGGAAACAUUUCAGGCCUUUCUAACCAACCUGGAAAUGGAGCAGAUUGCCAGCGUGCUCACUGUGAACAACCAACUGGCGAGCAGCGCAGAUUGGCACAACUACAUCGAACUGUUAACUCCAAUGGCCAUCGGACUGGGUCAGCAGUUGCAGCUGGGAAGUCCACAAAUGAGGCAGCUGGUCAACUCCUUGAGCAAAUAUGUGGCUUCGCCGCACGACGGCCAGCGAGUGGCUGCUGUGGGUCUUUUCUCCCGCUUAGUGCCACUGAAACCCACCGGUGAGCUAGCUGCUUCCAUAUUACUCCAUCUCGGAGCAGCGCUCUCGGAUCCCAAUGCGGUGGUGCGUGGUCUGAGCAUCCAGGGCAUGGGGUACGUGGGCCAAUUGGGGGAAAAGGAAGCGAAGCGCUACUCUGAAACUGCAAUCGGAGCCUUGCUGAAAGGGGUCGACGAUCCGGUUGGCGAUUGUCUGAUCAACAUUCCGCUGGAGAGCAUGCGCGGACUGUCUGGAAUCUUGCGAGCCCUGCCAAGCGAGCGCGUGGAGUCCUUCCACGUUUCUCUGGCAAUCCGUAUUCGACCAUUUCUGGGAAACUAUGCGUUAGAGAUGCGCGAGGCGGCCAUUCAAUUGUUUGGUGACAUAUGCGAGGGCAAGCACGAUGAUGGCAGCAGUUCACCAACCUCCUCAAUGGAAGCGUUAAGAGAGCAACUCAUCGCCAAUCUUUUCCCGCUGCUCCUCCAUCUAAGCGAAAGCGAGGCGGCUAUUGUGGCGGCCUGCCGCGGGACACUGCAGCGGGUUUGCCGUCUCCUGAACGCACCAAAAGUCGCGCAGAUGGCUCAGCAACAGUUGGGCGAGGAACGGAGUCACCAGCUUAACUACAACAUCUUUGUACUAGAAUUCGUGAAGUUGAUUGCGCUGGAGCUGACCGAUCACAUCCAGGAUUUCAUCGACUCGUGCUUGCCGCAGCUACGUAGUCAGUGGCCGGAGGUGCGGGGUAGUGCAGCCAUUGUUAUUGGCAUUUUGAACAACUUCCUAAGCGAACGAAACGUCCACUCUGAGGCUGUGGCCAGCAAGAUUUCCGUUCUGCUUAAGGACGAACAGGCGUUGGUACGAAUAAGGGCGGCUACCGCCCUAGGAUACUUCUUCGGUGACAUCUAGGACUUCUGGGGGACCAACUCGAUUAAUAUUAUAUGUGUGGUUAUAUUGUGUGUAUGUAAAUUAUGACUUAGUAUUGCUCCAAGUGUGAUCCCUUUGCCUCAGCAAUCGUUCCCCUUAUUAUGUUUGAUAUUUAACUCUUUGUUUUGUUAUUUAAUCGGAAUCACGUUAUAUGCUAUACCAUAUAUAUACACAUACCAUUAUUUAUAUAUUUAUAUGCAAGUUUUUGUGAAGCGUUUUGCAGCUUUAAGGCAGUCGUAUUCUAUAGAAGACUUGGUUGCCGACAAUAAUUACUUCAAUACACUGAGUCUAUUCAAAAUUACCUCGACUUUUUGAGGUUUAUUAAAAUUAAAAACUAUGAUUCCAUAGAAAAUAUGUGAUUUUAUACGUUUCUUGUUCUUAUAUUCCAUGGAUAAGCUAUUUUAAUGAAAAUAUUAAUAAAUCCUUGGAAAUGUAAUUAGCUAUUUUCAUUAAAUGUUUAUAUAAUUGUUGGACCAA